UUCGCAGCUUGAGUACAGAAUACAGAAUUUUCCAUUAUUUGUAAUGAAUCGUUGGCAUAAUAGGGUUGCUGUUGUCACGGGUGCCAGCUCUGGGAUUGGUGCUGCCUGCUGUAGGGAUUUGGUGGCCAAGGGCAUGAUUGUGGUGGGCUUGGCACGCCGGAUUGAUCGACUAGAGCAGCUCAAAGCUUCGUUGCCUUGUGAUCUUGCUCCACAUUUCCAUGGACAGCAGUGUGACGUCAGCGACGAGCAACAAGUGAUUGAAGUUUUUAAUUGGAUAGAUAAGACUCUAGGCGGAGCAGAUGUACUUGUGUGCAAUGCAGGCAUUAUACGACGCGUAUGCAUUACUGAUGAGGGAAACAGCGCUGAUCUGCGCGACACGCUUAACACCAAUGUCUUGGGGGUAAGCUGGUGUAUUCGACAGGCUUUUCAGUCCAUGCAGCGACGUCAAUUAAACGAUGGACAUAUGCUCAUCAUCAAUAGUGUGGCUGGUCAUACCGUGCCAAAUGCACCAGGUUUUAGUUUAAAUAUGUAUGCGCCAUCAAAGCAUGCAAUAACAGCGCUUACUGAGGUUCUUCGCCAAGAAUUUGUUAAUAAGGGAACAAUGUUAAAAAUAACUAGCAUCAGCCCCGGAGUUGUUGAUACUGAAAUCUUCGAUGAAAAUUCUGCAGAAGUAUUGGCAAAUAUGCCAAUGCUGCGUGCCGAAGAUAUAGCCGAUGCUGUGACCUACUGCAUUCAAACUCCUCCUAAUGUUCAAAUUCACGAGAUGACCAUUAAGCCCGUUGGCGAGAGGUUCUAGAUAUUUUAUUCAAUCUGAAAACUGUUUCGAACACAUUUAAUAUCACUUAACACUUUUAUUAAACUAAAGUUUAAAUUUGGAUUAAUCAAACCAGUAAAAAUAAACAGCUU